GGUCAUCGUCUAGUUUGAAAUUCUGUUCCGUACACUUGCACCGUCGCCUCGUAUAGUGAUAUAAUGUACUGAUCAGACUGUAGUCUUCUUUGAACUGAUUAUAAUAAACCUUAAUGUUGAAUGGCCGCGUCUUUUGGAAAGAGAUAAGCCGCAAUAUGCCGUGCCGUGUGACAUUCUUUACCGUCCUCUGUUGGUUAAAGUCCAUUGCAGACUGUUAUGGAGCAGUUCCCUGUGUUAACCACGAUGACUGCGGAGGUGUUCAAUGUCCCACAGGAUACGCCCCUUAUUGUGCCACCAUCCUCUUUAGCCAUUGUAAAUGCAGUCAAUCUGAUGCCACGUGGUCGGCUUGGAACCACUGGAGUGAUUGUAGCGUGACAUGUGGCACUAACAUGGGUUCGCGAUCCAGACAGCGGCGUUGUCUCACCAGGGCUUCUAGUCACGAUAUUUGCGUUGGUAACAGCCAUGAAGCACAUUCCUGUCGAGCAACGUCAUCACAUUGUCCACGAGAUGGUCACUGGGGAAAUUGGUUGCCAUGGUCAGCAUGUAGCGUCUCCUGUGGUACGGGGACGAAGCAUAGACAGCGAACAUGUAACAACCCCACACCGGCCAAUGGAGGGUCCUUCUGCUCUGGUUAUCUAACGGACAAUCAGCCGUGCUCUACUUCCUGUACAACUACGACGACAACAACGACGAUGACAACAACCCCAGCUCCCACAACACCACCAGGAAAGCCUUGUCCAUCAUGUGACCAAACCUUGACUUGCGUGUGGAACCAAACUUGUACUGCAAGUGAAACGUGUAUGGUGCGAGCAGUAACCGGACAUGGAUUUCAGUUUACAAUCCAUUGUAUCCCAAGCGAGGACUGCCACUUCAUGACGACGUAUUUAAGCCAUUCUGAAAUUUACUGCUGCGAUGACAGAGCGUGUCUCCACAAAUAUGUUGGUGUAUAAAACUUUGAAUUUAUUAAUUACCCACGUACUUUUAUUGAAAAUAAAUAAUGUGUGCUAUA